ACCCACACAUUGUAUCUCACGAAUGAGCGAGUGAUACUUUUGCACCUGCGCAGCAUCACUCUCUCGCAAUUUUUCUAUUUGAGCAUGUAAGGUCUCAAUUUCGAGCAUUAGUGAUGUGUCUUCUCCAUAGCUUCAUCUCGCUGCUGCUCAACCAACACAAGAUUGUUGCGAGCAUUGAUCUAUAACUCAUUAUUUAAAGAAUUUAGUUCCAUCUCUUCGUGGCUUAUACGAGUGUCUGAUGUAGAGGCAUCGUUAGAUGUCUUCAUAUCUUCCAAUAAACAUCUCUCAUCAAAAUUGUCUUCAGUGGAAUUGGACAAAAGAGUAAGUUUCCUAAAAAAAAUUAUCCAAGCACAAAACAGCAGAACUGACACCGGAUAAAAUUUCAGAAUUUCUGCCAUUCUGCAACGUGUUUUCCACCAAGUUCAGCAGCUUGUGUAUCACUCUGUCCUUUUCAUGACAUUGCCUGCUAGAUUUAGGACUUGACAGAUCUAAUUUCAGUUCUAAAAAAAAACACUUUUUCAUUGCUUGCUCUCCUGCUUUCGAGAACCAGGUGCUCUAUUAUCUGUUGGUUAGUAUACACUGCUAUAUCAGUCGUUUGAUGCAAAAAUAAAAGGAGCUAUACAGCUAGGGUGGGAUUUUAACUGUUGAUAUAGGUUAUAUUCUUCCAUAUGCUGCAUAGCUGAUGACAUUAGCUUUCUGGGCAAGUGGUCUUGUGCUAAAAUAGACUCAUUUAAAACAGCCAUCUCUUCAGAGAUAAUAGAUGUGUAUGGGGGUAGUUCACUUAAAACAGUGGGCUUAGCAAUAAAUGAGUUUUAGUUCCUAAUUUUAUUAUUACUUCUGCUAUCUUGUGGCUCAUCUGUCAGAAUGCUUUAUGGAAAAAUAAUUUUUUUAAGAUUCCUUUAUUGAAUGUGAUAUGUUAAGGAACAUCUAAUAUUGUUGAAUUCUACUACCUAUCAUGAUUUAUAACUUAAAAUUUCCUUCACCUAUAUGCGCAGUUCAGGCUUCUACUUGAUAACCACACACAGCCACCUUUUCAAUUAGUUUACGGCUAAAAAAUAGGAAUCAAUUGAGGAAAUUGUAAUGUUUUGGGUCGUCACGAUUUUAGAAAGAAAUAACCAAGAUUGCACAAUGUGAACGUCCUCUUCAACACUCUUUAAUAUUAUGAUGUUGACAUAAUUGGACUUGCUUGAUUUUCUGCACUAACAGACAUGCUGAAUAGGUUGUCUCUCAUUCAUCUUGUUGGUCAAAGUCUGCUGAUCAUCUUAGCUGUCUCAAUAACUAUGCAUCCACCUAGAAUGAACCUUUGUUCAAGUUAGUGAUUUAAUUUAUGAAUUAAAAGAGUCUACAUAUAACCGAUCUACCUGCAUUUUGCGACAAUUUGCUGGUUCAUAGUGAGUGCGAUGAUUCUUUGGAAUAACAUUGUUUCCUGUAUCUUUUUAGCUGACAUUGAAUUACUUUGAUAUCAUUUAAAAAAACUUUAGUUACAAUAAAUAAUUCUCAUGAAAAGGCUGUUGCCAUCUCAUUGGUUUCUAAAGGCUGUUUGUCUCGCCAUCCCCUGCCAUCCUGAUCACCCGCCGUUGCCAUCUCAUCGGUUUCUAAAGGCUGUUUGUCUCGGAUCAAGAACAUGCAGUCUGCUGGCAGGAAGCGAUUUAGGGCACCUCUAGGCGAUGUUUCAAACAGCAAUGCCUUAGACUCUCAAAAUGUAGGCUCUAUAGAAUUGAAAAUGCAGAGGGAGAAAAUUCGGAACACCUCCAUGACUAACGACCAGAGAAAUGAACGGAACAAGAAAAGGCGUGAGGCUUAUAAGAGGAAGAAAGCGGACACAUCCAACAAAUAAAACACGACAUGUGGAUAUGUUUUAUGUGCACUUCACUGGAUUUACCAUCUUUUUAUAAAUAUCACUUAUUGUUCCUUCAUGUUCAUUGCGCCGGCAGGAGCUGUAGUUGAGCAUCCUCUGUCAGACGACGUGUGUAUCAAUGUGGCAUGCAUGGAGCAAACUCAAAUUACCACCAGCUCUGUCCAGACGAGCUUUGCAUCAGAAAUUGAGAAGGUGGUGGACAAAAUCCAGGGGAAUGUUCCAAAAGUUGAGUGGGAUUUCGAAGGAAUUCAUUACUUCGACAAUGGCCCGCUCACAGUCCAGUACCUCUUCGUCUUGGAUGCACUUAACUUCUGCUUCUGGCCAGAUAAGGAUUUGAGCUAUGACCAUUUGGCUUCUGGACUGAAGUUAGCCUUGGAGAAAGAUAAAACUGCCCUUGAUGCUGACCGCCUGAAGAAUUACACUGGGCCUGAGCUCCGCCAACUUCUGAACUGGCCACGACCACUGCCAAUUGAGGAGGAAAGAGUGCGCCUCCUCCAUGAGGUUGGACUGGAACUUGAAAGAAGCUUUGGAGGCCAGGCUGCUAAUCUAGUGAAGUCUGCUGGAAACUCUGCUGCAACUCUUAUUGAGCUUAUCACCCGACAUUUUCCUGGUUUCCGGGAUCAUUCACUUUACAAGGGACGCCAGGUUUUCCUGUAUAAGAGAGCUCAGAUCUUUGUUGCUGAUUUGUGGGGUGCCUUCAAGGGACAAAACUACGGCGAGUUCCAUGACAUCAAUUCCAUCACCAUAUUUGCUGACUACAUUGUUCCAGCUGUUUUAAGGGAGCUUGGCAUACUGAAAUAUGGCUCGAAUUUAUCUUGCUCGAUCGAUUCGAACAGCGAGAUCGUGCCUGGAAGCGAGGAGGAAGUGGAGAUUCGUGCUUGCUCAAUCUAUGCUGUCGAAAAGAUGAGGGACCUAAUCAGCAAAAAGUUUGGAAAGCAGCUUCUGAGCAUUGACAUUGAUCUCUGGCUCUGGUCUUGCGGCGUGCAGAACAUGGCGCUGUCACAUCACCGCACGCUGUCGAUUUACUACUGAGGCAAGAACUGGGACCAGACAGGUAUCCAGCCGCAGCACGGUGCUGGUGCCGUGGUGCGGGACUGCGGGUAUUCAGCUGGCCGAGUGUUGUCGUGGUUUGCUCGUCUUAACUGUAACUGCCAUAGGUGUCGAAAGUUUUGUCCCCUUGGGAUUGCACAAAAAGUGCAGGGUAUUGUAGGGUCGUCGCAUCAGGAUGGAUGGUGCUAGUAGCACAACAUUUUGAGACUAGAACUGCUGUUUUCAGAUGAACUGUAGCCGUAGUGAGUGGAUGUUUCUUCUCUCCAGAUUGAUCUUGUUGGAUGCUUAAGAACUGCUGAUUUGUUUUCAGCACAGGUUUUCAGUUACUGUUCCAUCUCCUUUCGAUGUAAAAUGAAAUUCAGGUAACUGAAAGUUUCAACUGGAGGUUUGCUGAGA